AUGCUGUUCAAAAACAUACGCAGACAAGCGUACCAUACCAUACGAGACUCCUAUAGGAAGAAACUACAGCAUAUAGAUUUCCCCGGUAUAUCAUCGUUUCAACAUGGCUUGGACAUACAACAAGCGAUCAUGUCCCAAAACCUCAACUUCAAAUCGUUCGAGUCAGCACUAGCGAAACAAUUGGAUCCAAGCAGCAGUGAAAUAACAUCCCAUUUAUACCAAUGUCAGCCGCCGCCAACGCUCCUCACAUUCCAAUUCCAGCAUACAUACGCCGGGGGCCUCAAAUCGAAAAAACAACUCACCCAAACUCAAAUCAAGGCAUUCACGCAGCUCCUCCUCCCAGCGACAUCGCACAACGUCGCCCUUCCAAGACAAGCACAAGCACCCCCCAAAUUCUAUCAGCUAGAAAGAGGAGGCCAAGUCACGUAUCACGGACCAGGCCAGCUCGUGGCGUACCUCAUACUCGACCUCCGCGAAUUCGUCAAACUCACCCCGAAAUGCUUCGUCAACAACGUACUUUUGAAAUCGCUUCAAAAUGUCCUUCGCGACAACUUUGAAAUUGCAUCGCAUUUGUCGCUGGAUAACCCCGGGGUGUGGAUCAAGAAUCGCGAGGGUGAAGAUGAGAAACUUGCUAGUGUCGGCGUGCGCAUCCGGCGCGGCGUCACUGAGUUUGGCGUGGCGGUGAACGUCGAUCCGCAAUUGGACUAUUUGAAUACGUUUGAGAUGUGCGGGUUGAAGAACCGGGCUACUUCGAUAAGGGAGAUUUUGGAAAAGAGGCUGAGGCUGGGGGAUGAGAGUGUGUGCAAGUUGCAGAGUGUCGAGACUUGUGCUGGGUUCUACGCUGCUGAGAUUGGGCGUGUUUUGGAGUUGGAUACAGUGGAGAAAAUCGUGUUGUAG